AUGGGUGAAGACGAAACUACAGCCUCUGAGACCGCCUCCCCCUCAGCGUCCCGGCCAACUUACUCGCGCGACCAACUCGCCACAUACGUCUCGAAAUGGAUCGCACCUUCAAAGGACUAUACUCUCGAGACGCUCGAGGCCGAGAUCGAGGCAGACCCCCUUGCGGCUCUGUCGACCCUGCAACUUCGGCAGAUGGCCUUCAAUCCCUGGGGAAACAUCGCGCUGCAUUAUUCGUGGCACCGCGUCCUGUCACUCGACCAUGAGGCCUUGUAUCACAAGCUCGUCGAACGAGGGUUGGGUGGCUACUGCAUGGAGAACAACGCCUUCUUCAGCACCGUACUGAGGUCUUUGGGCUACAGGCUGUAUGUCACAGGCGCCAGAGUCAGUCUCGCCUUGAGUGGUGAUUCGGUGGAUCCGGAGGGUUUUGCUGGCUGGCAGCAUGAAGUCAUCAUCGUGAUCAUUAAUAAUAGGAAGUAUCUGGUCGACGUCGGUUUUGGGAGUACCUCGCCUGUCCACGCGAUCCCUUUAGACUACGACAACCCGGGGCCCUACGAAUCCGUCCCCGGUGCGCAGGUCCGCCUUGUCUACCGACCCAUCGCCUCCAAUACGGAUCAAUCCCAAAAGCUGUGGGUUCUCGAGACGCGCAACAAAACCGAACAGAAAUGGCAAGGCGGCUACUGCUUUGCCGACCUGGAGUGGCUGCCCAUGGACUUUGAGAUCAUCAACUACCGCACCAGCCAGGACCCGGCGAGCUGGUUCACGCACCGUCUUGUGCUGGUACGGAUUCUCGUGGACGAGGAGACGAGGACGAAAGCUAGAGGGACCGUAAUCCUGUCGGGGACGGUCUUUGAGAGGAGGAUUGAUGGAGGACCCAAGGAAGUUGUACUGGAUGCGAAGUCGGAGAAGGAGCGAGUCCAGGGCCUGAAGACGUGGUUCGGCAUCGAACUCACCCCGGACGAGCAGAGGGGCAUUUCUGGCACCGCGGCCGAGAUCCAGAAGCCAUUCAGCGUGUAG